UGGAAGUGUGCAACCUACUAAGUCAGUCAAGUAGCGAAAACGCAAGCUAUACAGUUUUACAACACCACUGUAGACCACUUCAACUACGAAGUAUGAUGUCUCAGUACUUGAAGCAGCCAGUUUAUUGGUACGACUGGGUGAUGUCGAAAGGAGAUCCACGCACAAGUAGUUGGCCUCUUAUAGGAUCGCCUUUUCCAAUGAUAUCAAUUAUUGCUUCGUACGUGUAUUUCGUCAAAGUAUUUGGGCCUGCCUGGAUGAAAAACAAGAAACCCUUUUCAAUCGAGAGGGUAAUAAUCUUGUACAACAUAAUUCAAGUCAUUCUCAGCGCAUUCUUCUUUCUUUAUGGAGGUAGUGUAACCUACUUUUCACCGAACUACAGUUUGUUUUGUCAACCAAUCAGCUAUGCCACAGACCCAGAAACAAUGAAGUUCGUUAACCUCGGCUGGUAUUACCUCUUAUUGAAGAUUUUUGAAUUUACAGACACAAUUUUCUUCAUCUUAAGGAAGAAAUUCAGCCACGUUUCCGCCCUGCACGUGGUACAUCAUUCUUCUGUUGCCUGGGCUAUCUGGAUUGGCAUGAAGUUUGGUGCUGGUGGCCAUAACGCUUUCUUUCCGUUCAUCAAUUGCUUUGUUCACAUGAUCAUGUAUGCCUACUACUGCUUAGCUGCAAUCGGACCUCACAUGAAGCCGUAUUUGUGGUGGAAGAAGUAUCUAACCAUGUUGCAAAUGGCCCAGUUUGUUGUAGCCUUUAUUCACGGACUUCUUCCUCUUUACUUUGACUGUGAUUUUCCUCCUGGCUUUGUCUACGUGAUUAUUGGAAACGCCGCUCUAUUUUUGGUGAUGUUUUCUAACUUCUACAGGAAGGCCUACCGAAAAAAUAAUACUGAGACAGUGAAAAUGAACAGAGAAUCUAAUGGACAUUAUAUUCGCAAUGGAUUGGAAAAGUAUGAAAUAGGUUCCAACGAUUUUAACGAGAAAGGCAAUAUCUAUAAGAGAAAAGGAAAUGAUUAUUAUUAA